AUGGAUUAUCCACAAGAGAGCUUUGUUGCGACGACAUUCGCCCCGAACUCAUUUUGGGCUCGUCGACGUGAAGUGGUGCGGGUUCAAACCUUGCGGCACCAGCUUCAUAUGCUCAAAGAGACUGGCCGAUAUGAAGCAUUCAAGUUAGAUUGGCAUCCUAGCUACUCGGUCCCUCCUACAGUCUAUCCAAUCCCCAAUCACCAAUUCUGGGAUUCCGAUGUGGCCAAGUGGAUUGAAGGCGCUUGCUACUUACUCAUGGACCAGUUCGACGCAGAAAUUGAUGCGGCUGUGAAAGAGCUGGUGAAGAUGAUUCGAGGAGCUCAGAAGCCAGAUGGUUAUCUCAAUAUCCAUUACUCAGUGGUGGAACCCGGGAAACGCUUUACCAAUUUGCGGGACAUGCAUGAAUUGUAUAAUGCAGGCCACCUUAUUGAAGCAGCUCUCGCCCAUCAUCUUCUCUACAAGGAUGAUGAGCUGCUGUCCCCGAUUCUCAAGUAUGUGGAUCUUCUAGCUGCUACUUUUGGUGCUCAGGAAGACCAAAUUCCAGGCUAUCCUGGCCACCCAGAGAUUGAAUUGGCCCUCCUGCGCCUGUACAAGGUAUCAGGAAACCCAAAACAUCUGCAGCUAGCUCGGUUCUUCAUAGAAGAAAGAGGAAACCCAAAAGGUGGGAAAGAAGAAUGCCAUUUCUAUGAUGUUGAAGCAAAGGCUCGCGGUGAAAGUGAGCAUGAUUUACCCAUGUAUUUCCCUGCCGCAAGAAGUUAUUGGUACCAGCAGGCCCAUGUUCCGAUUGUCAACCAAGAGACAAUUGAAGGGCAUUCUGUCCGUGCCAUGUAUCUCCUCACAGCUGUGGCAGAUUUAGUUCGAGUUUGCCAGCCUAGCAGUGAAAUUGGAACGAAGUUCCUACCAGCUGUCCAUCGAUUAUGGUCCAACAUGGUGGAAAAGAAGUCUUACGUGACGGGAGGCAUCGGGGCCAUGAAAAAGUGGGAAGGGUUUGGGAUUGAUUACUUUCUACCUCAAGGUACCGACGAAGGCGGAUGUUAUGCUGAAACUUGCGCCGCGAUAGGAGUUAUGAUGCUUGCCGAGAGACUGUUGCAGAUUGAACUAGACAGUCACUAUGCGGAUAUCAUGGAGCUGUGUCUCUAUAACGCAGUUCUGACAGGCAUGAGCCUGGAUGGAAAGGCCUUUACUUAUGUCAACCAGCUCGCAUCUUCAGAUCAGGAUAUCUCAGAGCGCCAUGAAUGGUUUGAAUGCGCUUGUUGUCCACCCAAUGUCACUCGAACGUUAGGUUUCCUCGGUGGAUAUCUUUGGAGUCACAUAGUGAAGGAUCAGUGUGCUGUUGUCAACGUACAUCUGUACUCCUCGGCGACGCUGCGUCUUACAGCCUCCUCAUCCACCGUGAAUAUCACGCAGAAAACAGACUGGCCAUGGAAUGGUGAUGUGGAUUUUGGUUUUCAUACUGAUGGGCAGCCUUUUGGUCUGGAGUUACGACUGCGGAUUCCGGGCUGGGCGAAAUCUUGGAAGGUAGAAUCCUCAAUAACUUCAAGAUGCCUGAUACAAUCUCGGAAGCUAAUCGCCAUGAAUCAGGUCACUCCCUCUCCGGAGAAGCUAGAUGUUCGUGAUGGAUAUAUCUUCCUGAGCACCGAGUGGCUACAAGAGAAUUCGCAUUUCCGCUUUUCUUGUCCUAUGACACCACAGGUAGUCCGACCUAAUCCCUUGACAUUGCAACCCGUGGUCUAUGUCAGACGGGGACCAAUCGUUUAUUGCGUUGAGGACGUUGAUAACUCAUGGGAAUCGAAUCAUUUCAAGGUAACACAGCCCACAUGUAUGCAGAGAGACAAACACUGA